AUUUUAGUUUCGAAGCUCAAUGAAAGCGAAUCAACCAGCACAAUGUGAAAUAAAUUGAGGAAAAAGACGCAAAAGCAAUGGCAUAUCAAGAGAAUACAGGAAAUUAAAAAAAAAAAUCUAUUUUUUCGCCAGCGAUAACCGAGAACUUGACGAUAAAAAGUUUUAAAAAUAAAAACGGAAUUUUGUGAGUGUUUUAAACUCACUGCAUUUCAAACAAAAACAUACACAAUUUGGCAACACUGAGCGUACAGAUUGAGGCGCUGGCUGGUGUUAAAACUCGAAACCUGCUUAACAGAAGCCUUCGAAAAAUAUGAAUUCACAGUGUUGAUGUGUUUGUUUGCGCGUAGUAGUUGGGGACGAGUCGAUUUGCUGUGUGUGUGGUGAACAAGUGUGUGUGUCGUGUCGUGUCGCGUCGUGUGAGUGUGUGUUUGUGUGCAUCAAAACAACCAGCAUAUGACUGAUACACAUUGAUACAAACAAGAAAUAGCAGCUGAUUUUUCUGUAUACAGUUUUUGUGUGGCUCAUAACAACAUAGAUUGGCUUGCGCGUGUAUGCCGUUUUUCUUCUCUAUUUCGGCCUGUACAUAAACAUAGAAAUUAUUAUUGUUAUUAUUCUUGUAGCCGUUUUGGUUGUGGUGCUGCUGCUACUGCUGCUGCUGCGUCGUUUGUGAUCCAAUCGCAACCAAACUUCGAAGCACAUACGCAAUAACAAAGACACCACAAAUCUAUCGCUCUCCUUACCGUACACAAAACAGAGUGAAAAAAUAAAUCAAACACAACAGUUGUGGCAGCAACUAGAAGACGCGAAGUGUACGAAGUGUUUUAGGUCUAUCUGUCUCUUUUUUUUUUACCUAAUAUUUAGAGGAAAAUUCAAGUCAUCUCUUUUGUAUAGUAUUAAAAUUGUGAUUAAUUUGGUGGAUUUUAUGCAACCACCAACAACAAAAAAAGCAAUGCAAGUGAGUAGAAAUUCCCUUCCGAAAGAUUCUCCAUUUUUUUUCGAUUUUCAGCGAAGACCCUCUUCGGUUCGGUGUAUGAAUAGGCAUUUUCAAUACUAAAAGCGAAGAAUGAAACUUUUUUUCGGUUAAUUUAUUCAAAGAAUGAAUCGUUAAGCAAAAAAAAUGAACCGUCAUUUUCAGUUCAGUGAUAAUAAAAGAUGAUCCCAAUUGAUGAGCUGUCAUGAAAAAAAAAUGCCCAAAAAAUGGAAAGAAAAUCAUUUUUUUUAAAGAAAUCUUCGUCUCCAUUUGUUUAUAAACAUUCGUUUUUAUUGUGUAACGUUAAGAAGUGAAACUCGAUUGCAAAUCGAAUUUCUACACAUGAAAUGUCAAAAAAGGUCGUAAUUGAUUCGAAAAAAUAGUGAUUCUCGCUUGUGAUUCGUGGGCAUUUCAAAAAUAUAGUUUAUCGAGAAUAGCGAAAAGAGAAGCGAAGAAGAAAAAAAUGCUGAUUAUGAAAUAGUCUUGAAUGACGUUGUUCCUAUUGCUUUCUCUGUUUCAAUCGGACGAGGCAAAAGCAACAACAACAGAGAAAAAAACUACUGCUGCAAAGUUGCUUGUGAACGAGAUCAAGAAAAUUGCGCUCGUGUAUUUGAGGUGGUUUUGUUGAAAUAAAAAAGAAGCACGUUCAUCGCGUAUCGUUCGACGUAAUGUUUUAUAUCACGAUUAGACGAUAUGUGCGCGUCCUAUUCACAUAUGAUUGAGCUAAAAAUUGCACACACGACUAGCAAACGAACGACACGUUGCGUGCAAAAGAGUGAGAGAGAGAGACAGUGCGAAACAACGGCAAAAACAAAAGUGAUUUGGUUUUGCGAUAGAUUCACGUUUGAUUUUGCUUCUCUUUUUAUUGAUACAUCGUCAUUAUUGCGUACGUAUAAAUCACACAGCACACACCAUCGACACACGAGCAAGUCUUAAUCAAUCUCUCUCUCGCACAGCGCUGUCUCUCAUUCGAGUGUGGUGGCUCUCAUAUCAAUUGCGUAGAAUGGGCACACACUUGACAAAAGUGUGUCUAUGAUUGAUUUGUAAAAUGGAAUUAGCAUAUAUAAUUUUUUGUAAUUUGCUGACACACACACAAACAAGGCUUGUUGUCUCUGUUUAUUUUGUGCUCGUUUGGCGUCGAUCAUUUGCUCCAAAAAACGAUACGCGAAUUUCGAACCGAAAUAAAAGAAAAGCAGACAACGAAAAGCAGGAAAAUAAUUCUGAACACGCGCUGCCCUUUAAUGUAUUAACAGUUAGUAGCUAGGGAAACAGAUUAAUACGCAUUUACACAUUGAAGGUUCCACGAAGUUGCGUGUAUUUGAUUUCUGGUACGCAGUCCAUACAAAUUGUUGUAGGUGAUGUUCAACAAUAAAAAUGAAAUGUGAAUGACGUUUUAACGAUUGGCACAAUUUUUUGUUUUCUCUCUGCUCUUCACUUCAAUUGCAUGCAAACAAACGCGAUAUUCAAUCGCAUUUCAAAUAUUGUUUUCCUUUUUUUUUUCUCUCGUUGUUGUUUUCAUCUUCUAUUCGUUUCGCAAAGCAUUAUUUAUUGUGUUGCCUAUAAUAAUUUCAAAUCACAUACAAAGGAGAGUCGCCUUCGUAGCACUGAAAAAAAUGUAGCAUCACAUAACGUUGAAUUUUGAAGUACGCAUACAAUGCCACAGCUGAAUGUUAAUUGUAAACACGGGCCAUACAACCAAUACAUGCAUAGGCGAAAAAAUUUCACUUCAAACAUGUCGAUUCAAUUGUGACAACAACAAAAUCAAAACAAACAUAUACGCAUCGACCAAAACGUACUUGCUUCAAAAUGCUGGUGAGUGUGUCUGUGUGUGAGAGAGAAGAAAAAGUCAAAGUGACAGGCUGUGAGUCGGUGCUGUAGACUUUACACGCGCAGCCAUUCAAAUCAACACAAUCAAUCUCUUACACUCACUCACUCACUCACUAACUCACUCGUCCUGCAAUGGAGUCAGUGUGUAUACAGAAACGAAGGGAGAAAAAAAAACGUAAAAACCAAAACAAACGUUUCGGACGAGUGAAAGACAGUGUUCACACAUCUUCGCUCUCACUCACAGCUCUCUGUGGCUCUAUGUUUCUUUCUAUUACGACUCGGUAUACUGUGCUGUGCUGUGUGUAUGUGCUGGUUUGUGUUGGUGUGUUUUGUUAUUUCGUGACCGACUGUCGUUAUACGCGAUGCCGUAUGCAUGUGUGUUCGUACGCGAUUCAACAUCAACAGAGGCAGCCUUAGAGCUCCGUGAGCCAGCACAAAAUAUGAGCACUAGACUUCAGAGCAGUCAAACAGAAUGAAUCGAGCACACACAGAGAGUAGUGUUGUGAAUCGCGUUUUAUAUUUGCACUAAGAGUUGGUUACCAUUUUUUUUAUAUAUAGACAUUUGUAGAGAUAUUUUGUACUUUAAUUCGGUCUAAAGAAGAAAAAACGACACAACACAUUUUGUUACUUGUUUUAGUUUAUGGAAAAAAUUGAGUGUACAGAAUUGUAUUUAAUUAUUUGCCAAUCAACAACAACAACAACAACAACAACAACACGAACGGUGAAGAGAAAAAAAACAACGUCAAAUUGUUUUUCAUCACCAUAAUUUUUUGUUUCUUUCUGUGCCGAUACACAAAUUCUGAAUUUGAAGUUGGCAGUUCUGUGUUACAAACUCGAUAUAAUAUUAAUUCUCAUUUUAUACGAGAUUGAAAUAGAUAGUAGUGUAAACAGUGCUGUUAAUUGUACGACGACGACUACGACGAAAAAAGUGUAGAAAAAAAAUCAGCAAAAGAAAAAAAAACAAAGACAAAAUAAUUGUGUUUUUAUAUGAAAUCGACGACAGGCAAAUAGAUAUUGAGAAAUAAAAACAAGAAGUGUACACAAAAUAGAAUAACACAACAAGUAAUGAAAAAAAUAUAAAUAAAGACCAACCGAUAUACAUACACAACACUGAAUCGAAUCCUAGUGCAAUUGUAACGAGUGCUACAACUGAAUGCUGAAUUAGUUCCACGAAAACGCAAAAAAAUUGAAACACACCGACUGCUGUUCAAACGAAAGGGAAACAAAUACGCGAAAUACAAAAGAAAAGCCCCUAGACCAAUCAAACAUACACAUCACACACACACAUUCACUCGCUCAUUCAUGAUAAAUGGCUAAAUAAUCUCUCUUUCUCAACGAAUCAACCAAUUCGCAAAGGCAUAAUAAAUCAACAUAGUGGUCGAAUGUGUGCAAAACCGUGCGAAAUCGGACACAAGUGCAAGUGAAAUUACGCACAGUGGUUAUAUUUAUUGCAUUCGUUUUAGAAAAAGAAAAGAAAAACACGCCGAAACCAAAUCGUUAAACUGUAACAAAAAAAAGAGAGAGAGAGAGAGAGAGAGAGAGAGAGAGAGAGAGAGAAAAAAAGAACACAAAGAGAGCAGAAGCGAUUAUAAAAUAUAAAGCGAUUAACAUAAACCAGAAAAUAAAAAAAAAACAAAUAAAUGAAAAGAAAAAUAAAUACAUUUUAGUAGUAGAUAAAUAUUUAUAUAUAUACGUGUUCAUGUUGAGUGCGGUAAUUGUUCAUUGAAUAACGACGUGAUUGAUAGAGCAUUUUCAUUUUGUCUAUAUAUUAUUGCCGAUGAUUAUUGCAAUUGCUAGUUUUGCUGUGUGCUAAACGAAGUGAAACAGAAAAUUCGAAUCGCGAAUCGGACAGAAGAAUACCUCAUCCACUCACUCACUCCGCCUGGCAAAACGCAAAGAAGAAGAAGACUUUGUACCGGCGACGCAAUAAAACUCUGUCUACGAGGACGAAACUAAAGCAAAUAGACGGAGAGAAAAGCGAAGAAAAAAAAACCGAAACGAAGAAUUACAUAUUGAUGAUUAAUUUUGCUGCUUAGGUGUAUUUUUUCUAUAAAAUUACGACGCACAACAAUUGAACGAAGAGUUCAAAUGAACGUAUUGAAAAAAGUGUGAAUGAAGUAAACAAGCGGAAUAAAAAAAAAAGCCACUACAAAACGAUCGAAACCCAAAGCUAACAACGGCAACAACAACAAUCACUUUCAACACUCAUUUUAACGAAAACGGCCCCGGCGCAAAUACGCUUCGACCGACAGCACAGAUAAGAUAACGCAGCAAAAACACAUUUCACUUGCAAUCGAAACAAUCGUAUCUGAAUGCAGCGAAGCAGUAAAACACAAGGAUUUGUAAUUUUGUGAGUGGCGUGAAUUCAGCACAAAUCGGCCAAACCCAACAAGAAAUCCAACAACACACCGUUCGAAUCGUCGUGAUAUUGAUUUAAAACACUCACCCACACACACACCUCGGUGACCAGACAAACGGUCGGAUUUCGUUCAUUUGUGUGGAUUGGCCAGAAAACACGCCGCCAAAAUGGUUCUAUUCAUAUUUCACGUGAACACGGGCACAAUGAUGACGUUCGAAAUGGAAAUGGCACUACAAACUGUUCAAAAUCUCAAAGAGACAAUCGAACGAUUGCAUGGGAUACCGGCCACUAGGCAGGUUCUAAUGAUCAGCGGGGGCGAAGUAUUAAAUUCAUCGUCGCGUGUGUGCAGCUACUCGUCAGGCACCGAUGAAAAUCCAAUUUAUAUGUUUAGCAUACUAUUCGAUAGUUCAAAGCUACAUCAACCAUGGCCGAGCGAGAGUCACAUUCACUACGAGGAUGAGGUGAACCGUUGCUUAGUGAUGCCAGCCGAAUAUAACACCGUUGUGAUUCGAGCGAAAUUAGCUCAAAAAAUGUGCGAAAGUGCCACCAAAGAGAUAAAAAAGUGUGAAAAAUUGGUAUUUGAACAGCAUUUGCAGCAACAAGGUUGGGCAGCUGUUAUGGCCAAUUUAGAGGAUUUAACAUGUGAAUUUAAGCAACGUAGCGUAGUUAUUUUAAACACAAUUAAUGACUAUCUGGAAAAGCGGCCCAAAUAUUUGGAGUAUUUGAAUUUAUUUCCGGAGGAUCUACAGAAAUUGUCAACGGUGCCGAUACUCAGUGAAUUAUUGCCAAGUGCACAGCACGAUUUUCAUGGUUUCGACGAAUACUUUCAUGACAACGUUUCGUACACGGGUUCAACGAGUGCCGACAGCGGAACGAGUGUCGGUGGCAGCAGUAACAAUAGUCGAAAUCGUGAAUCACUCAGCGGAUGUGAUAGUGGUGGUGUUGUUGGCGAUUCAUCUAGUCAAACACAAGGGCAAUUGGAUACAGUAAUUCCGACGAAUGCGACGAAUACGGUGACGAUGACGACGACGACGACGACGAACAAAACACAAGACAAAUCAUCCGAAUCACAGACCAACGAACCACAAAAAACCCGCUCGCUUACCCUCUUGCAGUGGAUUUCGUCGAAGGAAAACCACAAAUCACUCGACGAGAUGGCAAAGCAUUGCUCGAAAGUUUUAUCGAAAUUCGACGAUAGCUCCAUUCAAAAGGUCAAGGACGCCAUCAAACGUACCAUCGACAUUGCCGAACAGGAAAGCGUACGUGAAGUUGGUGGCCUAACACAACGACUCGAACUACUCGACUCAACCAUGUGCGAGGCCAAGAAAUUGGUACAGGAUCAAAAAGAGCUGUCGACUGCAUUUCAACAGAAUCAGACACGUGCCAGUCAGUUGAGUGAUGCAUCAAUCCUCCCCGAUCUCUGCUUAUCUCAUUCCAAUCAAAUGAAUGUUAUGCUCCAAAAUCACAAUAAAUUGCUCGACUUCGAAAAACGUAUCAUGAAGGCGAAAGAAGAGCUGGGCGAAAAUCUCAAUAAACGCUUGGACUAUGUGGCUCGCAUUGAGAAUUCAAUCAGUGACUUAGAUAGCAAUCUUUUACUGCAUCAUGAAAAUUUCCGACGCUUGAAACAUCACAUGGUGAUUAUUGAACAAAUUCACGAAGCACCAAAUACCUAUGUUACGGCCGUUGCCGAAGUCGUUCGACGCAAACUGUUCUCGAAUGCAAUGCUCAAGUGGGCAACGGAACUGUCUUCGAAUAUGGUGAACAUUCACGGUGAAGAGCGGUCACGUCGAGAGGACUUUGAAAACACAUUCGAGCACCAUUUUCUAAAUGGACUAUUCUCUGGUCUCGACGAUGAACCACCGGCGUUUGCUACACAAGCACCAGCCAUCUUUGACAAUCGGUUACCUAAUUUGACCAAAGCAGACUUACAAUUGCUGGUGGAAGCCAUUCCGGAAAUAGCUUCGAAGAUUGAGAUACCCGAUUUGAAGUUUGUGCUGGAAUUCUUUGCCAUGCAAUACGGAAGCAAAGAUUCAUCAACCGAUAAGAAGAGUUGCGAGGAAGUCAGAUUAAUGGCAAACAAGCUGCUGGACAUUCGAGCAUUCAAAGAUGGUUGUGAAUCCGAAACCGAUACGGAGGAGUUUGAGAAAGUUGGCCAGAGCCCGGUCGAUCGCCGAAAAUUGGCUGAUGGCCGAAGUGAAACAGUUGCACCGAAGCCCAAAUCGGCCGAAAUUGCCACAUCAACACAUCGUGUUGAGACAGUAUCAACGGAAACAUUGACAGAGGAAAAUGCUGGAACAGCUCAGCUUGAAAUCGAGCGUCUAAAGUCGCUUCUCGUCGAAAUGGCACGUGUGUCACGCAGUUCAGUUGAAAUGCUCCGAAAUCAACUGCUCGCAGUCAAAGACGGCCUAAACUGUGAUAAAAAAGAUCUUGCUGUUGAAUUCCAGAAGAUCGAAACAAUGUUCACCAAUCUGAAGGAACAAACAGAAACAAAUGAACGUGAGAUCAUAAAUCGUCUGACUGUUGAUCAUGAGUUGGAAUUGACGGACGUGCGCAAAUUGUUGACAAUGAAAACCGAUGAGGUGGCCGAAUUGAAGGCAGAAAAUGCAAAACUUUUUGAAAAGUUGGCAAACAGUGAGCUGGAAACGGAAACCACAAAAACACGUAGCUCGAGCGAAAUAGAUGGUCUUAAGGCGCGCAUCGCACAACUCGAAGAGCAGGCCAAGAAUCACGAAACUGAUAAAACAAAGGCUGUGAAUGAAAUAAAAGAUAGACUGAUUCGUGAACACAAAACCGAAAUUGAGUCGUUGCGAUGCCGCUACAAAUUGAUGAAGAAUGUGGAUCGAACACCGUCGGACACCAGCCUUGAACGCAUCGAACGUCCGGACAUUCAAGCCAGCUCACCGACAUCCAGCCAGAGCUUGUAUCGUCGCAUUCUCGACGAAAAGGAACGACAACUCGAUGCAUCCAAUUCGCAAUUGGAAGUUUUGACCAAGGAAAAUGACCAAUUGAAGCGCACCAUUCAAAAUCUGACCGAAGGCGAAUCACACGAGAGCGUGGAUCAGAUGAAAGUGCAAAUUGAAGCAUUGCAAAAGGAAAAAUAUAAAUUGCGUCAGAAAUUGCAACAUGAACGAUCCAGAAAAAUUGACUUGGUCACAGCUGGAACAUCGACAAGCGAUCCAGCUUCAUCAUCUCUAUCGAAAUCCAUGUAUCGCGCUCGUUUAUGCACAAAGAACUGCGUUUCAGUUGGCACAUGUGAAAACGGUGAAACUGUUCUGAUCGUUUUUAACGAAGCACUGUCUCGAUUCAUCAUUGUACAGGAUUCAACGUACAUUCACUUUCUAGAGGAGGAUAGCCACACACUUUUCAAUUUGCCCGUGCCGACCAGAAGCGAGGAAAAGUUUGAGAACACUCAAAAGGCACCAUACUAUCUGGGUGUUGUCACUGACAAGCAGUACUGUUUGGUGAAACGUGAGGGAACUCGCUAUCGUGUUCCAGUUGGCACUCGAUUCUACCGUGUCAAAGUGAAACCAAUGCUGCCAAACAGUCGAACCAGUUCGAUCUCGGAGAGUGAACAAGGCAACGUUCCAUGCACACCGGGUGGCCGCAAAAUUUCAGUGUCUGAAACCACACCAAAUCCAAUCAGUUCACAAGAUGUUGCCUCAUCCACAUCAAAAUCUAGCACUGAGGCACGUCGCGCUACAUUAUCAGUGAGUCGUUCGUUGAGCGCCCAGUUUACCGAUUCAUUCGCUCAAACCGAAACGAUCGAUCGUGCUCCUGGCGAGUCGUCCACCGAUAUCCCAAAGAUCGUGGAAAAAGAUAUGGUUGACUCGGGUGUUGUGGACAAAAGUGAAGAUAAAAGUGAACGCAUCAGCCCAUCCGGCUCUGUGUCAACAUCAUUUGUUGGACGUUUACGCUUCGCAAGCGUUGGUGAAGAUGAAGCAAUCAUCGUUGACAAUGUACCAUCAUCACAAGAGGAAACGGCAUCGAACAUGAACAUGAUUGAAAUAACGGCUGAAUUCGGUGCGGACACUGAUCAAGAAGAAUCCGACGAGUAUCGUUCACUUGAUGCAAAAAGCGAUGAGGUUGAACCGGUUAGUUAGUUAAAGUUUCUUAUCACGAUUGCAUCGUAUCUGUCGACGUCCUGGUUUUUGCGCAAAUGACCGAACACUAUUUUGUGUAACAAACCAGCCGCGUUCACGAAAGUAUGAAAACAAAAAUAAAACUGGACUGAAUUACACACAUACAAAAUCCAAAAAAAACGAACGAUCCGAAAUGGCAGAUGAAUUUAAUGAUGUAAAGAUAAUUUUGAAUCUAAAAACAAAAGAAAAGGAUUUCAUUCCAGAUCGCAUAGUAUUAAGAAUUUAUUAUUUAAACAAUUAGCAACAAAACAAAACAAAACAAAAAAAAAACGUGAUGAAAAAAACAAUGAAAAUCAAAAGAGAAAAAAAUAACACUUCAAGUUGAUUGACGCUAAGUUGAAUCUUUAAGAUUGAUCUUAAACUAUUUGCAGAUGUAGGUAUUCAAUUUAAUAGACUAUCAAAAAAAAAAAAUCAGAGAAAAAAAUGAAUGAAUUUGUAUCUCCAUUUAGUUACAAUCGCUUACAUUUACUUGUCAAUAUAUCUGUAUUUGUAAUUUUUUUUAUAAUUAUUUCUUCACACAAACGAAUAUUUAAGAAAUUCGCAGGUUAGGCGAAUAGUCUCUCAUUAGAUUUGAACCAAUGAAAAUCUGGAUUUUUUUUGUUGACAAAUCAAAUAAAUUCGAUUCAAUAAAAUGAUAGAAAAAAAAAAAAAAUUAAAAAAAAAACAGCAACAAUAACAACAGACUUAUUUCAAUCAGUAGUUUUUUGGCAAUCUUCUGUUUUUCCCCCACUACAAUCAUAUUUCAUUACAGGUAAUAGAAAAAUGACUACAUACACAAAUGACCAUCUUUUAAAAUGAACACAAAAAUGACCACCUUUCACAAAUGACCACUCACACAAUCAUAACAAAAUGACAUCCUCCAUCUUUCCAUUCAGUGUGAAUCUAUUUGCAUCCUUGGUUUUUCUUAUACCAAAUGUCGCAUGCUUUUUUCUAGGCUAUCUUUCUAAACCUUAACACUUCUAAUAAAUUACUUAGAAUGUUUCACCUAAAUUAUACUUUACACUUGUGUCGUGUAGUAUCUCGUGUUUUAUGUACACCAAUUUGAAGAAAACCAAUCCCUUUUUUGUUUAUUUUCGUGGUUUAUUUUCUCAUUUUUUUAUGUUUGGUAUUUUGUGGUUUCUUUUAGUUGUUAUUGGGCGUAUAAAAAAAUCCACCUAUUCAUCUCUUUUGGUCCAUCUUGAACUUCAAUGAAAUUCCUCAAAAUUUUAUUUUGAAAAACGCUAAAAA